AUGUCGACCGACAGCGCCAGCGAUAUCUCGACGUCGCUGAUCCACAAGUACUCGCCGGACCGUUUGGUGCACACGCACAUCUUCGCCGCCUUCGCCGCCGUCGCCUGGUACAAUGCCAUCGAACUGGUGGUUCUGUGCUUCGUCUCGUUCAAGCGAUGGCGCGGGUGCUACUUCUGGAGUCUGUUGAUCGCGUCCGCCGGCAUCAUCCCGAACUGCCUCGGCUAUGUCCUUCUUUUCUUCCCGACAGGCGUGUCGGCCUACGUCUGCGUCACGCUCAUUAUCCUCGGCUGGUAUUGCAUGGUGACCGGCCAGUCCAUCGUGCUGUGGUCCCGCCUACACCUCGUGCUACAGAACACCAAGGUGCUGUGGGGGGUCCUGUGGAUGAUCGGCAUUGAUGCCGUGCUGUUCCACAUCCCCACGACCGUACUACUAUACGGCUCCGUAUCAGAUUUCGGCGGCGGCUUCGCCCAUGGCUACAAUAUCAUGGAGCGCAUCCAGCUGUUGGGAUUCUGCAUCCAGGAAUUGGUCAUCUCCGGUAUUUAUGUAUGGGAGACCGUCAAGCUCUUGCGACUUCGUCCGCAGGGCCGUCCCCACGGCAUCCUGCACCAACUACUCACCAUCAACAUCCUCAUCCUCGUCCUCGACGUCGCCGUCGUCGUCAUCGAAUACGUCGGCUACUAUGCCGUCCAAGUCAUGUUCAAACCCGUCGCCUACAGUAUCAAACUGAAGCUGGAAUAUGCCAUCCUCGGCAAACUCGUUGCUAUUGCUCGCGGGGCCUACAACGACGAAGAACUGCCAUCCAGUACCCGUGAGAUCAAUCAAAUCUCGUCCUCGCAAACCCCGUCUUCACACCUCGACUAUCCACGCCACGUCCGCCGAGAGUACAGCCCGCCGUGGUUUUGGGACUCGUCUCAUCAAACGAGUUCUACAUCCUCUGGUCAGUGA